GCGCGCCGCGCUCGGCCGUGAGGCGGGGGGCGGCGCGGAGGCCUCACACACACAACCCCCCCUUCCCCCCCCCGCCCCCGCCGCCGGUCCGGUCCGGUGCGGCUCCCGGGGCGGCUCCCGGGGCGUGCAGGGGGAGCGGUGCGGCGUCCUGCCCUGCCCUGCCCGCCGGCUCCUCAGGGGCGGCCUCCGCGCUGCCCCGCCGCCCGCCUCAGCCCGCCCUGGGGAGGAGCUUGCCCCGCGGCGGCCCGGCCGCGCUGCGCUGCCGCACGUCCGCGAAGCCCGCCGUUGGGCCUCGUCGUUGCCGGAGCCCGGUGGGAGGUGAGCGGCGGCCCGGCCCUGAGUUCGCCGCUGUGCCCAGGGCCUCCCCGGGUCGCCUCUCCCGGCGAGUGCUGUCCCAGCGCCGGAGCGGUUCCCCUUGUCCCCAGGGUAGUGCACGGUACACAGGAAGAGUCUGAAUAUAACUUAAGACCAUGGCAGCACGCUGGAGAAGAAUCCUGAUAAUAUUUGUGGCAGCUCAAGUACUAUUUGUGGUAAAUACCUUCGAGGAAGAGGAUGUACCUGAAGAAUGGAUUCUUCUUCAUGUUGUUCAAGGCCAGAUUGGAGCAGGAAACUACAGCUAUUUGAGACUAAACCAUGAGGGAAAGAUCGUACUUCAGAUGCGGAGUUUAAAAGGUGAUGCAGACUUGUAUGUAUCUGAUCUGACGCUUCACCCCAGCUUUGACGAAUACGAGUUACAGUCCGUAACUUGCGGCCAAGACAUUGUCCACGUACCCGCGCACUUCCGCCGCCCAGUGGGAAUCGGGAUUUACGGUCACCCCUCUCACCUGGAGAGCGAGUUUGAAAUGAAAGUAUACUACGACCGAACAGUUGUACAGUAUCCGUUUGGCGAGGCUUCUUACAACCCUGAGGAGGUGGAGGCAAGCCAGAAAUACUCACAGUCUACAGAAGAUGAAUCUCAGGAUGAGGAGUCUGUUUUCUGGACUAUACUUAUUGGAAUCUUGAAAUUAAUACUUGAAAUUCUUUUUUAAAUUGAUACACACUGGACUAAGUCACACUUCAGCCUGUGAAAUUGAAAUGAAUGACUUGCUGUAAUAUUUAA